CCGGAAACCCAAAAGGUGACCCAAAUGCAAAAUAGAAGCUCUCUGAAAAGCCCCAAACUCUGCAAAAACCCCCCACACGCACAAACUCUCUCCGUCUCUCAUUCACAUGCUUCUCCGAUCUCGCCCGUGAAAAUUGAGUGAUAUAAUCAUGCCAGACGUGCAUACUCUUGUGAAUGAUUUCAUUAUGAAGCUGAAAAAGCAUAAAAUCGAGGGCUCGCAGGCUACGGCGAAGCAGACGGCUGAGUUACUUCGCUCGGUGAUUUCGUCGCAGCGUGUGCCCUACACGAAUCAAGCCGGAGCCUUGAUUGAUGCUGUAAGGGCUAUUGGGGAGCAGCUGAUUGCUGCAAAUCCUGUGGAGCUUGCUGUGGGUAAUAUUGUGAGGCGGGUUUUGCACAUUAUCAGGGAGGAGGAUCUUUCUCUCACCACAGCUGCUAUGGCUGGGUUGAACUUGUCCACUGUCAGUGAUGAUGAAGAUGAUGUUGACCGCGACAACUAUCCUGUUCUAUCUGCUUCUGUAGUUGCAACAGCUGCAAGAAGCACACUGCGUCCACCUUCCUUGCAAACCCUUCUUGAAGACAUGUCUGAUGCAGCAGCUAUCCCUCACACUUCUUCAUCUGGGGGUGAUUCUGAAGGGAAAAGCAAUUCUGCUGAUAAAAGUUCUAGAAGCCAGAAGUUGAAGCAUGAUGUCAUUGAAGCAGUCAAUGAACUUAUUCAAGAUAGUGGCACUUGCCAUGAACAGAUUGCUGAGCAAGCAGUAGAGCACUUUCACCAUAAUGAGGUUAUAUUAACUCUAGGCAGUUCAAAAACAGUACUGGAAUUCCUUUUUGCUGCAAAGGAGAAAAAAAGAUCAUUUCGGGUAUUUGUUGCAGAGGGAGCUCCAAGAUAACCGUUUACGGCGGUGAACAACUACAUUACCUCCGAUAUUCACGAUCAGAGUGGUUCUCUGCAUUUCCAGCUUUCAGUAGGCUGGUGUUGUGCCAUUUC